AUGGAUUUGUUGAAUCUAGGGGCCCAAUCCCGUAAAACAGGUAUUAAGCCUCGACAGAACUUGACCAAAGACAAGUACGACAUGGAGGAUAUAGACGAGUUCUUUGCUGAUGAUGAUGAGUUGAGCCGUAUACACAGAAGAUCGAACACCUCCCGUUCCCGUAAAUCUACAUCCGCCCAAUCAUCUACUCCAAAGGACAACUUUGACAAUGUAGCACGGUUUUUGAACUUCACAGAUGCCGAAGCUGAGAACUUCAACUUGUCUCCGAUAUCUCUGUCGUCUAAGCUUGUUCCCAACAAGGACAACAAGAAAUCGCCGUUGCUCUCCCCUUUGGCUGUCCGUAGGGACAAUAAGGAGUAUGAUAGAAACGAUAUCUCUGAGGUUGAUGAUGACUUGUAUGAUUAUGAACCAGAUUUUUACGAUGACCAUAACGACAACGGACAGUCAUUCGAAGAACAUCUGAGUUUAUCACCAGUGCCCUUGUCACCAGUGUUACCUAUUAGUGGUAAUGGCAAGAAGACAUCUUCUACUCCUAAGUCAAAGUCAACAUCGUCAAAAUUAUCAUCUGCAUUGACUAAGCGCAUGGCUCUUGGAAAGUCAUCCAAGUCCAGCGUGCCAAAAGUUCUAGAACAAGAAGAAAGUGACGAAGGUGUGUUAGAAGCAAAGUCUAAUAAUGAAAGCAGCGAAUUGCUUUCCCCUCCACCAACAAACAAGAGAUCAUCCAAAGAGAAACCUGCUAAAUCCACAUCUACUAUCUCAAAACCUUCUCCAUUACCGUCACCCCCACCUGAUGGGUUGAGGCGAUCUAAAAGAACGAGAGUACGACCUGUUGCAUUUUGGAGGAAUGAGAAAGUUCGCUAUCGUCGUGCCAACGAAAACUCCCAGGAUCCAAAUACAACAUUAGGUAGCGAUAUCAAGAACAUACCCUUACAGGAAAUCCAAGAAGUUGUACACAUACCCGAACCAGCAUCCAAUAAUACAUUAGCACCGUCGAGAAAGAGGUCACGACUGAAAUCAAGGACAACUCCUCCAAAAUUCAAGAAAGCUACCAAGAAAGAAGUAUAUGACUAUGAAUCAGAUCCUGAAAUCAGUGGUUCAGAGUGGUUCAAGAACGAUACCCUCCAGCUUGAGGUGUUCGAAAAUGAGAAAAAGGUCAGGACGCUAGUGGCAUAUACACCAGAUGGUGCCGAUUUACGAGAUCCGCCCGCCCCACAGGAAGGAGACGAGAAUUUCAAAGUCGCAACACUAUUUGAGCAUGAUAAGGAUUUCAGUGCUAGCGGCCUUUUGGAGUUUGAUUUUGGUGGUUAUAAGCAAUUUCGAAACUCUGGAGAGUUUGUCUACAGCUUUCAUGUAGUUAAAGGCUUGAUAGAAGUUACUCUUAAUAAUACCAAAUUUGUGGUAACUCGAGGCUGCUCAUUUCAAGUUCCAGAUGGUAAUUCCUAUGGUUUCAAGAAUAUUGGCCAGGAUUCGGCCCGACUUUUCUUUGUCCAAUGUAAGAUA